GUCUCAAAAUGGCAGCUGCUGUUGUUAGGGAAGUUGUCACUUGAUUGACAACGUGAUUGCGGACGGAGUGUGUUUCCCCAAAAGCGCAGCGGCAGUUCCGCAUGCACCUGCAAACAGGUUUCUCUGCGCCCCGUGAAAUGUGCGCCGUCAGAUGAACGGAGCCACGCUGCAUGAGCUGGUGCGGGCGGCGGGGUGCGCUCAUGGGCACAGAGUCGCCGUGCGCUUCGAGGACGGCACCGGGGCAGCCUGCGUUUCGCGCACUUACGCCGAGCUCCUGGCUUCGGCCGACGAGCUGAGCACCCUGUUGAAGAGGUGCCGCCACUUGCGAAACGAAAGGGUUUUUGGUUUGUACUACCAGCCAGGGGUACAUCUUGCCAGCUGGAUUCUGGGAAUUCUUCAGGUUCCUGCUGCCUACCUGCCGGUCGAUCCAGAGGCCCCCUCGCAGCUGUCGGCCGGCGUUUUGCGCCAGAGCGGGCUAGAGUACAUCCUCGUCCAGAGUGACCUGAUUCAGCGGUUCCAGAAUUCGUUUUCGACGUACUUGCGGCUGGAAGUAAGCGAAGAGCUGCCAAGCCUGAGCGUCCUGCUGGUCGAGCUCCGAGGAAGGGCGCCGAGCAGCCCGCUGGCCGGCGCCGGCUGGGGAGAGAGGGCCGCUGCGCAGGCGGACAGCGGGGCACCGGGCUCCCUCGCCUACAUCCUGCACACAUCGGGGACCACAGGACCCCCCAAAACCGUCCGAGUGCCCCACAGCUGCAUAGUACCCAACAUUUUGCAUCUCAGGUCUCUGUUCCAGAUGACGCCAAAGGACGUGGUGUUCGUGGCCUCUCCUUUGACCUUUGACCCCUCAGUGGUGGAGCUGUUCCUUGCUCUGUCCACUGGAGCGUCUCUCCUGAUCGUUCCCUCCGUCGUUAAAAUGAUCCCCAGUAAACUGGCUGAGAUUCUCUUCAAGCGUCACCACGUGUCCGUCAUGCAGGCCACUCCAACACUGAUCAAAAUGUUUGGCACCAGCCUGCUCCAAACUACAGUGCUGUCGGCCGCCACCUCCUUACGCGUUCUGGCACUUGGCGGGGAAGCUUUUCCUUGCCUGUCUGUCCUCAGGAGCUGGAAGGAGGAAGGGAACCAAACCCAGGUCUUUAAUCUCUAUGGCAUCACUGAGGUGUCCUGCUGGGCAACCUGCUACCAGAUUCCAGAAGGAGCUGUCGGGAGCAGCUCUGCGGAUACUGACUCCGUGCCUUUGGGAACUCCGUUGCUUGGAACCACAGUGGAAGUCAGGGAUGAGCGUGGCAGCGUGAUCACCCACGGAGAGGGGCAGGUAUUCUUAGGAGGCGGCGGGAGGGUGUGUUCCCUCGGGGACGAAGCCGAGGCCGCGGCCCCGGGCGCGAUGCGCGGGACGGGGGACUGGGUGGAGCUGCGGGGAGGUCACAUGUACUACCUGGGCCGCAGGGACCGGCUGCUCAAACGCCACGGCAAGAGACUGAGCCUGGAGGCGCUGCAGGAGACCAUUGAGCGGCUGGGCCUCGUGCAGGCGUGUGCUGUGACUCUGCAUGAGGGGAAGAGGCUUCUGGCGUUCGUGGUGCCUGCAGGUCAGCACACGGACCUGGAGAGCACAAUUCUCCGCAGCCUGUCCGAACUCCUGCCCCUCCACAGCGUUCCCGACCAGCUGCUGACAGUCGAGGCCUUACCUCUCACAUUGCACGGAAAAGUGGACCUGGCCGAGCUUGCGAAGGUUUAUGAACAGCAGAGAGGGCUCUCGGUGCUGCCGGCCGCUCUGAACGGAAGAGCCGACUUGUGGGAGCGAUUACAAGCCCUGUGGAAGGGUGUUCUUGGUCUUCCCGAAGAUGCUGUCGUUCCGUCGGAAUCAAUGUUUUUGUCCAGCGGUGGGGACUCCAUAAGAUCUCUCCGCCUGUUGGAGGAGAUCGAGGCCGCGGUGGGGCGAGCCACUCCUGGACUCCUGGAAGUCAUCCUGAGCCGCCCCUUUUCCGACCUGUGCCGCGGCGUCGAAGCGGUGGCGUUUCCCGUGAAGCGCGGGGGCGGGGCCCCGGGGCGCGGGAAGAGGCGGCUGGCCGCAGAGGCGUCGCCCGCCCUCGCCAAGCCGCGCAGACAGGAAGUGGCGGGAGAGCGUGCUCCGGAGCCCGCGGGCUUUGUGGUUGUGAGGAGAGCCGGUCAGGUCCUGAGGAGGAGCCCGGGCGAGUCGAGCGAGGCUCUCCGGGAGAGAACGAGGGACAAGUCGGACGCUUCGCAGGACAGCGGGGGAGCAGCCGCAGCACCAGCAGGGGGCAGCGUUGAGUCUGGGGCAGCUACCGGCUCUCCCUUGCCGCAGCAGGAAGACGCGCCCCUUCGGCUGAAGGUGAGGUGGAAGUCGGACACGGGGAAGUGCGUGGACGCGUCUCCGGCGCUGCUGGCCUGCGGCGAGGGCGGGCCCGUCACGGCGUACGUCGGCUCGCACUCCCGCAGGAUGCAGGCCAUCGACAUGGACUCCGGCGCGCGGAGGUGGGAGCGGGUCCUGGGGGACAGGAUCGAGUCCUCGGCAGCUGUGACCAGAUGUGGGAGGCUCGUCGUCGUAGGCUGCUACGACGGCUUGGUUUAUGUGCUGCGCGCGGACUCUGGCGAGACGUACUGGACGUUUCCUACCGGCAGCUCAGUGAAAAGCUGCCCCACGGUGGACCUUCUGACCGGGCUGGUGUUCAUAGGAUCCCAUGAUGGUCACGUCUAUGCCCUGAAUACGGAGGCCCGCUGCUGCGCCUGGAGCCGGCACUGCGGGGGCGGCGCGGUGUUCUCCUCCCCAGCCCUGCACUGCUCGCCCAGGCAGCUGUACGUGGCCACGCUGGGGUCCCGGCUCCUGGCCCUCAGCCCGGACAGCGGAGACACGAUCUGGGAGCAUGCCGGCGCCAGGCCCUUCUUCUCCUCCCCCUGCUGCUCGGAGGAGGCUGUGUGCCUCGGCUCUGUGGACGGGAGCAUACUCUGCUUCAGCCACGCCGGGGCGAAGCUCUGGCAGUUUUCCACUAGCGGCCCGGUCUUCUCCUCUCCCUGCCUGGCGCCGGCGCCUCCUGCUGGCUGGAGGCUGCUCUGCGGCUCCCACGACGGCUCCGUCUACUGCCUGAGCGCCCGCGGCGAGCUCCUCUGGAGGUUCCGGACGACGGGGAAGGUGUUCGCCAGCCCGUUCGUCUUCGGCGGGGGCGGGGGGCGGGGCGGCCCAGCCCUGGUGGCUGUGGCGUCGGCCGACGGCAGGCUGUGGGUCCUGGACGCGGCAGACGGGGCGCUGAGGGGCUCCCACUCCUUCCCGGGAGAAGUGUUCUCGUCCCCCGUGGUGUGGGGGCGUGGCCUGUGCGUCGGCUGCAGGAAUGACUUCGUCUACUGCCUGGAGUUUUAAUCCCCGGCGGCGUGCCGCACAGACCUCUCGCUGCGCUCGCUAACUCCCAUCACAGAGGGAACAUGGGGGCCUGGGCUCCGCGGGACAAUGCGCCAGGGGUUCGAUCACUGGUGCACGCACAGCCGUCGCAGUGGCUGUCUGUAAUUGUGCAUUUCUGCCCUUGUUUCCUUGAACUGUGUAUUUUUAUAGACAAUAAAACAACCUCCCCCAGCUUUUAAACCGUUAAGGGCUGGGGCAGAUCCGUGGUGGAUUUUGGACAGUGA